GACUUUGGUAUCUGUUGAAACAUGAUUUAAGGUGGCAGAAAAGUGACUGAGAGGUUAGAGAUGAAAAGAUGGAAAUGAAAACGGGGUGUUGGAGUUGGAGGAAAUAAUGAAGGCAAAAGUAGAAGGGUUGGAAAGUUAGCAUAUUAGACAGAGAGAGAAGGAAGCUAAGAAGGGCCUGAACCUGAUGUUGGUGAAACCGCCCAACAAAUCUUCUUUUAGAGAAUCUCUUAAAGCUCUUGAAGCUGAUAUUCAACAUGCCAAUAACUUGGCAGCUGCAAUACCAAAAGAUUAUGGUGGAGAAUUUGUUCAGAUGAGAUUAUCAUAUAGCCCAUUUGCCCCCUUCGUUCUGUUUUUAAUUGAAUGGAUGAAUUAUAGUUGUACAGAUAGCCUCCCCAGUUACUUAGGCCUGCUCCACAUACUAGUUUACAAGGCAUAUGUCGAUGGAAAGCCCACAUUGUCCUCAAAAGAAAGAAAAGCUUCUCUAAGGGAAUUUUAUGCUGUUAUUUAUCCUUCACUUAGGCAGCUUGAAGGCGAAUUUGUUGAGCUGGAAGAAAACAAUAAGAGAAACCGAUGCUCAGAAGUUUCAAGUCGGAAGAGAAUCGAGGACAGGAGAAGGCUUUCUGAUAAAGAUUUAGAGAGAGACAAUGAGUGUGGAAUAUGCCUGGAAAAUUGCACUAAGAUGGUAUUGCCUAACUGCGGGCAUUCCUUGUGCAUUAGUUGCUUUCACGACUGGAAUACGCGAUCUCAGUCCUGCCCUUUUUGUCGUGGGGGCUUACAGAGAGUACGCUCUAAAGAUUUAUGGGUUCUGAUUAGCAAUAAUGAUAUCACUGACUUAGUUACUAUUGCAAAGGAAAACUUGAGGUGUUUCUACCUUUACAUAGAGAACUUGCCUUCCAUAGCACCUGAAACACAUCCACAUGUACAUGACUACAUGAUCUGACUUACAAAGGAAGGGUGAAGUAGUGACUUAUGCUGCAUGCUGGCCACCCCUUGUUCAUAGAGUAUGGUUAUGGGGAAAUUUGAUACUCAGUUAAAUGUAGACGUACAUAAUUAACUGAGAAUCUGGAUUUGUAGUUUAUGAAUAUGGCACUGAAAGGCAGGCAACUUUGGAGAUAUACAAUGUACCAUUACAUGCAGCCUAAACAAAAGGAAAGAUUAUAUACUGAUGUCAAUAUAAAGAAUAAGGUAUGCUUGGCAUUCACCUCAGCUUUUUGGAACCCGAGUGUUGAAAUAGCAGAAGAAUAAGAUGGUUGGUUUCCACUUGUAUCAGAAGAUGUAUGACAAAUAUCAUGUAUCAAAUGUAUUGGCUUUCCCCUUUUUUCAUGAUUGAAUGAAGAAAAGAUUACCAUUA